CCAUUUUGAUUUUCCAUUCCUACGGCCCACACUAACCGCGUGCUUGGCGUGUGACCGGUAGAUAAGAACUUGUUGUUAAACUUUUUUUUGUUAGUAACUUUGUUUAAAAUGAAGGGCGACAAAAAUGUGGACAUUCAAAACCUUAAGGAUAUGGCUAAUAAGCUAAGGAUCGACAGUAUAGUUGCAACAAACGCUUCGAAAUCCGGUCACCCCACAUCAUGCGCUUCAAUGGCAGAGAUCAUGUCGGUGCUGUUCUUCCACACAAUGAAGUACAAGAUAUCAGCACCUCGCGAUCCCUCCUCCGACAGAUUUAUACUUUCCAAAGGUCAUGCAGCACCAAUUCUAUAUGCAGCGUGGGCAGAAGCUGGUCUCUUCCCACUCGAAGAUUUGAAAAACCUUCGCAAAAUCGACUCUGAUUUAGAAGGUCAUCCUACUCCAAGACUGAACUUUAUCGAUGUAGGCACUGGCUCCCUCGGCCAGGGAUUGGCCGUUGCGGCCGGUAUGGCGUACGUUGGAAAGUACUUUGACCAGACAUCAUACAGAGUAUACUGCUUGGUGGGAGACGGUGAGGCUGCCGAGGGCAGUGUGUGGGAGGCCCUGCACUUUGCUAGCCACUACAAACUAGACAACUUAGUUGUCAUCUUUGAUGUCAACCGUCUUGGACAAUCUGAGCCCACUUCUCUACAACACCAGAUGGACGUCUAUGAUGCACGACUAAAAGCCUUCGGCCUGCACUCGCUGGUCGUCGACGGACACGACGUCGGCGAACUCAUCAAAGCCUUCGACGAAGCCGCCACGGUCUCCGGCAAGCCGACCGCCAUCGUCGCCAAGACCUUCAAGGGCAAGGGCUUCCCCGGCAUCGAGGACAAGGACAACUGGCACGGCAAGGCUCUGGGCGCAGAGGGAGACAAGAUCAUCAAGCACCUGCAGGCGCAGAUCAAGAACCCGGGCUGGAAGCCGCGCGUGAGCGCGCCGCAGUGCGAGGCGCCGCGCGUGCACGUGGCCGACAUCACGCUGUCGGCGCCGCCCGCCUACGAGCGCGGCGCGCGCGUGGCCACGCGCCUCGCCUACGGCACCGCGCUGCGCAAGAUCGCCGACACCAACCUCAGAGUGAUAGCGAUGGACGGCGACACGAAGAACUCGACGUUCAGCGACAAGCUGCGCAGCGCGUACCCGGAGCGCUACGUGGAGUGCUUCAUCGCGGAGCAGACGCUGGUGGGCGUGGCCACGGGCGCCGCGUGCCGCGCGCGCGCCGUCGUCUUCGCGUCCACCUUCGCCGCCUUCUUCACGCGCACCUUCGACCAGAUCCGCAUGGGAGCUAUCAGUCAGAGCAACAUCAACUUAGUGGGGUCUCACUGCGGCGUCAGCAUCGGAGAGGACGGACCCUCGCAGAUGGGGCUCGAGGACCUCGCCAUGUUCAGAGCCGUACCCACCGCGACCAUCUUCUACCCCUCGGACGCCGUGUCGACGGAGCGCGCCGUGGAGCUGGCCGCCAACACGCGCGGCAUCUGCUACAUCCGCACGUCGCGCCCCGAGACCGACAUCCUCUACGCCGCCGGGACCAGCUUCAAGGUGGGCGAGGCCAAGGUGGUGCGCGAGAGCGCCGCCGACAAGGUGCUGCUGGUGGGCGCCGGGGUCACGCUGCACGAGGCGCUGGCCGCCGCCGACCUGCUGCAGAAGGAAGGCAUAGAGGCUCGAGUAUUGGAUCCGUUCACCAUUAAGCCCCUGGACGAGGAAGCGAUCCGUAAACACACGAAAGCCGUCGGCGGCAGAAUUGUGGUGGUCGAGGACCACUACCAAGCCGGCGGGCUGGGCGAGGCCGUGCUGUCGGCGCUGAGCGCGGAGCGGGCGGUGCUGCGGCACCUGUGCGUGCGCGCCGUGCCGCGCUCGGGCGCGCCGGCGCAGCUGCUGCACGCGCACGGGCUGUCGGCGCAGCACGUGGCGGCCGCGGCGCGCGAGCUGCUGCAGCACUAGCGCCGCCGCCGCCGCCGCCGCCGCCGAUACAUUCCCUAGAAACGAAGUCGAAGCAUUCCCGGACAUCUCUGUGGUCGAAAUGUUCCUCGUCACUCGCUCGUCGGACAUCGACCCGACGUUCCUACCGCGGGGACCUCCAUUUUUAGAAUAUAUUUUUUUAUUCGAUGAGCGAUCGGAGACGCUCCACAAAAAUACUUAAAUCCUAGUAGCGAGGUGAGCUGCUCCGUAAUAAAUCUCGUUUCGUGUUAAAUGAGAGGCACGGUUGUUAUACAUGUUAUAUUCUAUAUACACCUCUAUGGUAAAGUUGACGUUUUCUAUCAUUUUAUAGUAUAGUGUUGAGUGCCUUUAUAUGUCGCACGGUUUCCGAAUGGAAUUUUGUGAAGGGUUAGUGUAAGGAUAAUUUUGUAUACUUUUCUAUGGCGCACAAAACCGCUGACGUUGAUGUUGGAGUUUUAUAAUAGGGACCAAGUGUUUAAAGUUAACUGGCUACAGGGCUUCCGUUGUUAAAUAAAUCACAAUGUUGUAAUCUGGUUAA